AUGCCAAAAAGCCGUCUCUUUUACAUCCGGGAUAAGAACCCCGGCUUCUUGUUUUUAGUGGACAUCGGGGCACAAAUUAGUGUAAUACCAGCCAAGUCUAAUAUGUCGACUAGAAAGACAGAUUAUACGUUACAAGCGGCGAAUGGAUCUUCAAUCCAGGCAUAUGGUGAAACCUCGUUAACCCUAAAUCUGGGAUUUAGGCGAUCUUUUCCUUGGGUAUUCACGAUAGCCCAAGCCAGAACCCUGAUCCUGGAAGUGGAUUUCCUCGCCCACUUUAAAUUGUCCGUUAACAUGUCUUCCCUUUCUUUGGAAGAUAGAACGACCAACUUUACCAGGAAAGUGAUUUCGUCUAUCUACACGAGCACAAUGAGCGCAACCCUACCUGAAGCCAAUGGAAUGCAGUAUCUGUUAAAAAAAUAUUCUCAAAUUACAACACCAUUCCGACAAGGUUCUCUUCUUGGUGACCAAACUCACUUCUUUCUUUCUUCACUUAUUUUCCUCCCGUCCGCCGGGAAAUUACGCCUUUCUUUUACGGCCGCUAGAAGAUGGAAUUUUACUUUAAACACGUGGUAA